AAUCCCAACUCUCGUCUUCUCCAAUUCCAAUCAACCUGAAUAAAAAGAAUCCCACAAUUACUUCUCCUGAAGAACGAUGGAAAUGGAUUCCCUCCCAAACGGAAACUCAACACCUUCCAUAACAACACUAACAAAUCCGUCACCGGCAUCGACAACAGCAACAGCUGCCAUCUCAUCAAAAUUAACGGAAUCGUUAAAACUAGAGCACCAAUUCUUGCGAGUUCCAUUCGAGCAUUACAAGAAAACGAUCCGAGCUAAUCACAGAGCCGUAGAAAAAGAAGUGUCCUCCGUAAUUUCCGGCGUUAGUGACGUGGCGGAUUUAGAUGUGUCCAAACAUUAUGCUGUUCAACACCUUACCAAUCUUGUUUCCAAAUUACAAGGUCUCAAAAGAAAGUUGGAAGAGGGAAGUAAAACGGAGAACUUGCAAGCACAAAGGUGCCGUGCUAGACUUGACCAUUUAGAAUCAAUAGAUGUGGAGAAUUUGUCGGAGUGGAACAACACUCGUUUAAAGAGGAUUCUUGUAGACUAUAUGCUGCGGAUGUCGUAUUAUGAUACUGGGAUGAAGCUAGCUGAAAGCAGCAAUAUGAUGGAUCUUGUUGAUAUUGAUGUAUUCCAAGAAGCAAGAAGGGUUAUCGAUGCGCUUCAAAAUAGAGAGGUGGCUCCUGCUCUAGCCUGGUGUGCUGAUAACAAAUCGCGGCUGAAGAAGUCAAAGAGUAAAUUUGAAUUCCAGUUGAGACUUCAAGAGUUCAUAGAGUUGGUACGAGCUGAAAAUAACAUGCGUGCCAUUGCAUAUUCUCGGAAAUAUCUUGCUCCAUGGGGAGCUACUUAUAUGAAAGAAUUACAGCAGGUCAUGGCAACAUUGGCUUUUAAAAGUCACACUGAAUGUGUAAAAUACAAGGUAUUAUUUGAGGCAAAACAGUGGGACUACUUGGUCGACCAAUUUAAACAGGAAUUCUGCAGGUUAUAUGGCAUGACGCUAGAGCCUUUGCUGAAUAUAUAUUUACAUGCAGGCCUAUCAGCACUAAAAACUCCAUACUGUUACGAAGAUGAUUGCACAAAAGAGGAUCCACUGUCACAAGAGAGCUUCAGGAAAUUGGCAUUGCCAUUGCCAUACUCUAAGCAGCACCAUUCAAAGCUUGUUUGCUACAUAACUAAAGAACUGAUGGACACAGAGAAUCCGCCUCAAGUGUUGCCCAAUGGCUAUGUCUACAGCGCCAAGGCACUUGAAGAGAUGGCGAAGAAAAACAACGGUAAAAUAACUUGUCCGAGGACAGGUUUUGUUUACAAUUAUUCUGAGGUGGUAAAGGCAUUUAUAUCGUGAGUCCGCAUGUCGAGGAAGUUGAAGAAUUUAAGAGGAAAAACUCGUGUUGAUCUCUGAAGUCAUUUGUGAAUACUAGCAACGACUUAUGACAACUUGCCUUUCGUAAUUGGCCAGAGAACCUUUGGUAUUAGCACUUGGAACUCGCUGCUUGUACAUAUGUUCAAACUUUCUUUAGUGUUGUUUUGUUCACUGGUUCCUUGCGAGUAAUGAAAACUGAAGCUGUUUCGUUUCGUUAUAUUGCAAGUGUUGAUAUGUGAUUUUUCUGGGUUGUAAAGAUAAAUAAAGCAUUUCAAUCAGUUAUCACUAAGAUAUAGUUGAAUUA